GCGAGGAACGACAACACGUCAAAUAGAGAGGAUGGCUGCUGACUCUGUUGUGAAAAAGAAAAUGCUGUAGUGUGUUAUUUCACACACCGUAGCUUUGACUACCCGGGAAGUGGUUAGCAGUCCCCCUGUGGAUAAAAUGGAUUUCCAUUCAUUAUUGUCUAUCGCACAACAGAAGCAGAAGGUCGCAGAAAAUAAGAAACAGGACUUGCGUGGCCUUAACACAAAGUUUUCUGCUCCUAAAAAGGAGCAGAAGCCAAAAGAGAGGAAAUCAGAAACUGUUAAGAAAUUAAUUAAAGAGAAAGAACUUGAAAAAUGGAAGAAAGCACAAGCAGAGAUACAGAGACAGAAAGAGGAAGAGAAAGCAAAGAGAUUCCGGAUCCCUAAGGCCUCGUCCAAGGGAGAUUCCAAUGGCAUCCAUAAGGACACCUCCCGUAGCUCUAGUAGUGCUCCCUUGGAGAAUGUUUGUGAGGAAGAAGUAGUGAUUCAUAAGGAGGAUUUUGUAAAAUCAAGUAGCAAGAAAAGAGUGGCCCACAACCCAGCAUUCAAUCGACCGCCUGUGACUCCAGUGAAGAGAGAAGAGGACAGUCGACGUCUAUCAACAGAUUCAUCAGACAAACACCACAAACAGCAAGAUGUGCCUUCAUCAAAACGUUGCAAGUCUACCACGGAUAUUACACUCAAAUCAUCUUCUGGGAAAUCUGAUGACAGGCAUUCCUCCAGGUCAUCGACCUCAUCAUCAAGAUCAUCAAAUUCAUCGUCUAAAUCAUCACAUUCUUCCAAAUCAGGGUCACAGACAUCAUCAUCAUCGAAGAUCUCCUCUAAAUCAGGUGCUCAGAUAAACAAUGGUCAGAAUACAUCCUCUCUCACAGGGAAAGCCCUGGCUAAGGCCGCCAAUCAACACCAGGUAGGUAAGUCUAAUUCUGAGGGGAAACCAAAACCUAAACCACGGCCCAUGCCUCCACCCAUGGGGUUUGAAGACCUGCUUAAGCUGGCUGAACAAAAGCGCAAAGAGCCGGUGAAAGUAGAAGUACUGGUAAAACCGGUCAAAAAGGAGGAAGAAAAUAUGAUGACGCAAGAGGAGAAAGAUAGGUUGUCGAGAAUAAAUAGUAAGUCCUAUAAAGACUGGUUAAAAUAUGGAAAGUCUAAUACUUCCCCUGAGGAACUGGCCAAGCUUGUGCAUAAACAUGGAAAACCAGCCAUUGACAACAACAAAUUGGGGAAAGCGGGACUAAGUAUAAGCACAGCUAUGAAAAACAAGUCUGAGAUGGAUAAGGCAAAGUUGAAAACUGAAGGCAUAAAACGCAAGUUGAACAUGAACAACAGUCAAGUGGAUUCGAAUUCAAAAGUGUCACGAUUAAAUGAUGUUCACAGUAAAGGGCUUGAAAACUCAUCUAGCAUAAAAUCGAAAAUUAAUCUCAAAGAAAAGUUUCACAACCGGACUAAAAGUGCAGGCAGUGGAUUGGGCCCACCUUUACCUGCUGUUAAGCCACCAGGAAAAGAUCAACCAAAGUCUGGAAAGGAAAAGUCUGCAUUGCCAAGGACUAAAUCUGACUCUACUUUGCAGCGACCUAAAGUGCCUUCUCUGCCUGACAGAGCUCGCCCUAAAGCUAUAUCAUCUGGAGGAAGGAAGGAACCAUCAACAGCGUCACGGUACUCUAGUACUCAUGAGAACGUUUUGGUGUGUGGGCCAGCAAAGAAAGAACAACCACAGAACCCAUUUGACAGAAUUUAUAGCCAAAUUCAGGAAAGGAGACCAGUUAAGCGUAGGAUUACAGAGGAAGAGGAAGAGGAUGAGGAUUACUCUGAUGAGGAAGAUGAUUUUAUUGAUGAUGAUUUUAUUGAUGAUGGCAAAGAAGAUGAGGAUGACUAUCGCAAACACUUGAGAGACCUGUUUGGUUACAGCUACACAGAUAGGUUCCGUAACUUUGAUGACCGUGAUGAUGGCAUGGAGGCGAGUUUUGCUCAGCAGAUGAAAGAGGAGGCUAGAAGUACACGUCUUGGUAAACUUGAGGAUUUGGAGGAUAUACGCAGAGAGGAAGAGGAACUGCGAAGAAAGAAGCUGGCAAAGAAGAAGUUGAAAAGGAGAUAACAAUUUAAUGUAGUUCUUAUUUAUCCUGUGAUCUGCUUUUAUGGCAUUUGGAGCCCAGUGUUCAGUGUGUUUUGUGUGGCGGUCAGAAGAGAGACAAUCUUGUUUGAAUUGGUUAACUAGAAAGAGCUUUUGUUCACACCUUUUUUGUUAACAUGGAGAUGGCAUUGUAUUUUCCAUUAAAGGACAAGUCAGCACCUGGCUAAAACAUAUUUCAGUCGAAAGCAGGGUUCUCAAGCUUUCUAAAAAGUAUCAUACUUUAUUAUUUUAAUGAGAUUUCACUGAAUAACAUGUAGAAAAAACUGACAAUACUACACAAAUGGCUGGUGUGAAUUGAGGCAGACAUCUUCAGAAUUUUAUCCAAUCAGAUUCGUCAAAUGUCAAAAGCUGUGACGUUGCCCAUGACCUUUACCCAUUCACUCCAUGAAGUGGCAUAUCAUAACAGAGAAAUGCUACUUAGACAUGCUGUUUAAAUUAUACAAGUACAUUAUUUGUCGUUCAUUUUAGUGUUUAGUCAGCAGUUUCUAAAUAUCAGAUAUCAGAGGCAGUGAAAAAUUUCUUAGGGAUGCCGAAAGGUUUAUGAGAAUAAGAUUGCAUCUCACUGAACAAUGCUUAAAAUUAAUUAAUUCUCAUGAUAUAAUUUUUUUUCUCUAAAUUUAUUACAAUUGAAGAAUUUAAAUUGUGCUCCUUUGUCAUUAUUUCAUACAAGGGAUGAUUUUUUUCCUGUUUUCUUUCAUAAAACACAGUAAAAUUAUUGAAAUGCAGUGUUCAAGCAGAGUUGCUUUCUCUGACGUUGGCAAUAACUAGGUCAGUACUGCUCUCAUCUUAGAAGCGAACACCACGAAACUGAAGCAUACAUAGCAGUGACGGUCGAAUGCCUAGAUCAGCCUCCAUGGUGCUUAGAUUUAUUUCCAUUUGCUUCAGAAUUGAGCAUGAAUCUAGUUGUAAAACAAUCCUGUUGUACUUUUGUAAAUAUUUAACAGGGGUCAAAAUCACUAGCACAGCCCCUCCAGAGGCUAAGGCUUGAACCAGGAAUACCCUGGCCAUUUAUCUACCAGCUACUUAUACUGUAAAUGAUUUAUCAGGCUUACUGUAUCAACAGUUCAAGUAGUGGAAGAAAUAUUCUCCCAGUAUGUCCAAUUUCCGAGAAAGCUAUUUAUCACUUGGACCUUCAUUGCCCAAGUCCACAACUUUACCUACCAUAGGCUACUGCUUUGACUAUAAUACAGAAAAUACGCUUCGACAUCAGAGAGCUAGAGUAAACGUGACAUCACCUUGAUGUCGAUAAUGGUGAUGCGCUGAAGCUGUGUCAAGACGAAGUUUCACUAAACUUUUACUGGGUUGAAUAAAAUCUAAUAUUUAAUGCCUGUUUAAAAUACUUUGAGUGGUAGUCUUUCAGUGGACAUAAACAUUAGUCAGGUGCUGUCUUUCACUUUAAGUUAUUUGCCUUUGUGGUCAUGAGUGGAUUAGCAUUUUACUGGAAUUCUGCUAUAAUCCAUUCUGGAAGAUGAUCUGUGUUGAGUUGCAAUAUUUUUCAGUUGGGCCAUAAUUUGGCAAAUGGGACCAAUCAGAAGGUAUUGAACCUUUCAUGGUAAAAUAAGCCUUAUAUCCAAGUGAACUAAAAUUUUGAAGUUCACACUCUUCAAAAAAUGAUCAAAACUACAUUUAUUUUAUACAUAUAUGUACAGUUGUAAUUUGUGCUUAAAGGAUAAAGAAGUUCCAAGCAGUAUUAAUACUAUUUGUCAGUUUACCUGAAAUGCACAUCUUAAACGUAUGUUCUUGGGUGCAGACAUGUAAAAUUAGAUAUUCAUGCAUUUUAAAUCAUUUAGACAUAAAUGGGGUUAUAUUUCUAAGGGAAGUUGAAGUAUCAUAUUUCAUGAAAGAGAAUGGUGUUUUAUUCAACCAUUGAUCAAAAGCUCCUGUGUUAAAAAAGUAAACGUGUAUGCAAAUCUUUGUGUACCUGUAUACUGGUACUUUAAUUUGUCAGUUCUGUGCAUAAUGACAAGAGAAGAAAAUCAGGUCUAAAUUUCGCUAGUGGUUAUUUGUUGUAAAUAGGUACAGUGCAUGUUGAAUUAUUGUAUUACCAUUUUCAAGUGACACAUUUUGCUUGAUUCUGAUUGAUUCAUCUAUGUUUUAGGGCCCCUUAAGAGUUUUGUGUAAAGUUCGAAGUUAUCAUUUUAAGGCCUUUAUGUGCUUCCCAAAGUGCAUUUUUACACUCCAAUAUUCAGGUGAAAUACUGUAUAUAAUGAAAGAUGAUAAAGUAGAGUUACCAAUGUACUGGUAAAUGUACUUUAAGGCAUGAACCUAUGUUUGAUACCUGUACAAGGCAAUUUAUUUUUUAUGCCAAUUUUAAGUUAUGCCAAUUAUUAGGCCUAUGUGUUAGAAAAGUGGUAGGGGAAAGCUAAGUACAAGUAGCCAGCUUAAAAUGAUCUCGUGGACUAGUUUCCUCACUCAAAUUAUUUUUCUCUCUGUUUUGAUGCAUGGUGUGGAGUGCAACCAGUGCUGUAGUUAUCUGAUGAAUUUUCUGUACAUGUAUUUAUUUCUUUGUACAUAUAUUGACAACUUACAGUUAUAUGAUGGGAGCUGGUCGUCUUUCAGUAACCAGGACACAGGAGAUGCAGGUUCAAUCCUGGCUAAGGACGGGGAAAUUUUCAAUUCCCCAACUCUCACUGUUUAUCUUACUCACAAUAACCAGCUGAUGACAUGUAUGUGGUUGUUCACGCAGUCUGCACGUCAUAGGUGGCCAAGGUUCGUGGCUUACCUAUGACACGCUUCUGUUUCCUGUAACACUAACUGCCAGGGUAUAAGUGCCAAAAUUACUGAGUAUUGCAUUUAACAACAUAGUUACUGUAAAUCUUCAACUUUUUUUGACCACUAAAGCACUCUCUUCAGUGGAUUUUAUGCAUACAAUUAUUUUGAAAAUGACACUGAAACGUGAUGGUCCAAGUUAAUUUAAUAUUGAUCUGCAGGUAAGGUAAUGUAACAGGUAGCCAGCUGUUGAAAAGUUGGCUAUGUUGUCCACAUUCUUGUUUUGGAUGGUAUUGCAGGUCAACAUGUGCUAGAAGAUAGUUAAAAUAACAUAAUGCCAUACACCUUAAUCUCAUGAUUAACUGUAAUAUAGUCAUACUGCGUGGAAUGAAAGUGAAAUAUACAUACCAUGAUUAACCUGGAAAUAAUCCUAACUUGGCCAGUCGUGCGUGCUAAUAAAACUUUCCAGCUGCCCACAUUAGUAACAAAGUUAAAAAGUUAUUUCAUUACAUGCAAGUUUUGUCCUCAGUUCAACCGUGUCAAAAUACUAAUGGGUGCAGAAAAUUGUUGAUGUCCUGCAGUUUAUUUCCAGGCUUAAAAGGGUUUUAUUUUGAGGGUGUCUGGUAAGCUCAAGCAAGUGUCUCUCAGCCUAAUUACAGUGUUCAACAGUUGUUGUGCUUUUCUCUGGACAUAGAUGUAGAUGUACAUUCAAGGAAAUACUUCUGUACCAAAACAUGGCCAAAACACACAUACAUGUAGUUCACAAUCUUUUAUUUGUUUAAUUGUGUGUUUUGUGAAGAAGGAUUGAUGAAAUAUUUAAAUGAAACAUUGAAGUGAAUGAUCUCUUGUUUAAGACUUUAAAGAAUUGUUUUAUGUACACAUGCAAAUUUAUCAUUUAUCUCUAAUUUGUAAAGGUAAUUGUGUACGUGGGUGUAGACAGGGGGUGUGAAUGCGAGUCAGCUAAGCACGUCCGGUUGAAAAAGAAAUGGCUUUUUCCACUGAAAUAGGGAAUUUAUCUUUUGGCUAACGAUGAGUGAUGUUGGUUUUAAAUAUUGAAAGACUCAUCGUAAUACGAUAGUAUGCGAUUUUAGAACAUGUAAAUGUCCAUCCAAUGUUUGACGGUAUGAAGGUGUUUGUUACUGACCGGAAAAAAGGCUGAAUUGGAAGAAAGGCUUUGGGUUGAGAUAUAUGUCCUCCAAAUAAUUAAAGUGGAAGAAGGUUCGAUCUAUCUUAGC